AAGAGUGGGAGACGAACGUUUAAUUCAAGAUAAAGAAAGAAAGGUAAUCGCACCACGACGGCGGCGACGUGGCGGUCAUUUAACGGAAAAUAACAGACAAAUCAGCCUCCAGAUCAAGUCUUGAAGCACAACUCUGAAAAAUCGAGACUACCUACAGCUGAGCUCCGACCAACCGUUGAUGGAUGCAAUCCGGAAGCUCAGAGAUCAGGUCGCCAAGCAACAGCAGGCUGUGUUCAAACAAUUUUCUGGUGGCAUAUAUGGGGGAUCGGAUAAUGUUGCCUCGGAUGAAAAUGAAUUUCAACAGCAUCAGAAACUCGAGAAGCUGUACAUAUCAACUCGUGCUGCCAAGCAUUACCAAAAGGAAAUUGUCCGCGGAGUGGAAGGUUACAUUGUGGCCGGUUCAAAGCACGUUGAAAUAGGUACCAGGCUAUCAGAAGAUAGCAGGAAAUAUGGUUCUGAAAAGACUUGCACCAGUGGUAACACAUUGUCCAGAGCUGCACUGAGUUUUGGAAGAGCUCGGGCCCAAAUGGAAAAAGAGUGUGGAGUUCUACUUAAAGCUCUUGGCACACAGGUUGCAGAGCCUUUAAGAGCAAUGAUAGUGGGAGCGCCCUUGGAGGAUGCUUGACAUCUUGCUCAACAAUAUGCUAGAAUGCGGCAAGAAGCUGAAGCUCAGGUAUA